UGAAGAUUCAAAUUGAACUAGUUGAUGGUCAUUGGUGUGUUGACGUAACAGAUAAGAAUAUAUUAUCAUUCAUGUUCAAGCUGUACAUAUUUUGCAGGUCCUUAUCUUACUUUGGCUUCAUCAUUCACUCAAGUCUGACAUGUUAUUUUAAUUUAUAAAUAAUUAUUGGGCAUUUUUACUUGAUUAAUCAGAUAGAAAAUCAACGUAGAUAAAAGAAUCUCUUCAAAAUGCACAGCAACGUAGCACCAACUGGUAUGGUUGUCACACCUCAUCACCUGGCCACACAAAGUGCUGUAGCCAUCCUCAGAGAAGGAGGUACUGCCAUGGAAGCAGUCGUCGCUGCUGCAGCAACCAUAGCUGUAGUUUAUCCCCACAUGAACAGCAUCGGAGGAGAUUCAUUCUGGCUAAUAGUCCCUCCUCACGAUGAUCCUAUAGCAAUAGAAGCUUGUGGAGCAGCAGGAAGCUUAGCUACAGAGUCAUUUUUUGCAGGGUAUGAUAAAAUACCGUACAAGGGCCCAAAAUCAGCAUUAACAGUGGCAGGGACAGUAGGAGGUUGGGAAGAAGCCUUGAACUACGUCACAGAAUGUGGAUAUCAGAGAAUGUCCGUAUCAAAACUACUGGCUGACGCUAUAAAUUAUGCUGAGAACGGAUAUCCUAUAACAGAAUCUCAAAGAACUAGUUUAGUUAAUGUAAAGAAUAUGAACCUUUCUAGUGACUUCAGAAGAAUUUUCUAUCCAGAUGAUACAAUUCCUAAGGUCGGGGAAAGGUUUUGCCAAAAAGAGUUAGCAAGGACAUUAAAAGUUCUUGCUAAUAAUGGAUUGAAUAGCUUUUAUAGAGGUGAAAUAGCUAAGGCAAUGAUGGAGGACAUGGCAUCAUUAGGGAUACCAAUAACUGAAUGUGACCUGAGUAACUACAACCCAGUUAGGAAAAUACCGUUGAAAAUGUCCCAUAAACACGGAGAUAUUUUCAACCUUCCCCCACCUACACAAGGUUUGGUAUCGUUAAGCGUACUUGGAAUACUCGAAAGAUUAGGAAUAGAUGGAAAGAAUGAAGGUCAAUUUAUACACGCUGCAGUAGAAGCAACAAAACAAGCUUUUAAACUUAGAGAUGACUAUAUAACAGACCCCAAAUACAUGAAAACUGAUCCUAAAUCUUUGCUAUAUAAUCAUAAUUUGGUAAAAAUGACAGAAAAUAUAAAAUUUGAUCAGGCUUCUUACGUAGGUAAAGGCAAAGGACCGGGAGACACCAUAUGGCUCGGAGUUAUGGACAAUAAAGGAUUUUCAGUGUCAUUUAUACAAAGCAUCUACCACGAGUUUGGUAGUGGUAUUGUCCUACCACAAACUGGGGUAUUAUGGCACAACCGCGGAGUUGCCUUCACCUUAGAAAAAGAUAAGUUACUCUCUCUGAAACCAGGUAAAAAACCGUUCCACACAUUAAACCCAGCAGCAGCUAAACUAAACGAUGGUAGAACCAUGAUCUAUGGAACUAGAGGGGGUGAUGGACAGGCCCAAACUCAAGCAGCGAUAUUCCAUCGAUACGUAGUCCAAGGAAAGGCUCUCCAAACUUCAAUAUCAGCUCCUAGAUGGGUGUACGGUCGUAUUUCUGGUGACCCUGAUGACAGUUUAAAACUGGAGGACAGGUUUGAUGAAGAGACGGCGACGUAUUUGAAAGAGAGAGGCCAUGACUUAGUGUGGUUGCCACCUUUUAGUGAAAAGGUGGGACAAGCGGGCGUGCUAGUUAGGCAUAGGAGUGGAAUGAUGGAAGGAGCUGCUGAUCCUCGCAGUGAUGGCAGUGCAGCAGGUUUCUAACAGUACAUUUUUACACAAUUUAAAUAAAUGGUUCAUUUUGAAGAUGCGUAAUGAUAGUAUGUAUUAUAUGCUAAAGGACUUGCUAGGUACUAAUAUCCAAGCCGUCCAUUUAAAAUUGUUGGUUGGUUUUAAUACUAAUAUCAAAAAGGUAAAGGAAAUUAAGAAAUAACUUUAGUAAAUAAAAACUACUGAAGAUAAGAGAUUAUGACGCGAUAUUUAUGAAUAAUUCAAAGUGACGUCUGGACUCGUGCGAUAAAAAUAGAGGAUAAUACCAAAUGUUCUGUGUCCCUUUGACCGUAACUUAUCUAGUGACAGUAUGAGACCAUCCCAAGAUAUUCUUAAAUAUGUAAUCUUAAACAUCUUUAUUUCAACAUAGAGUUUUACCAUCCAUUUAUAAAACUUAAAAAUUUCAAACGAAAGAUAUCGCGGAGAAAGUUUUCAAAGUUUAUAAAGUUAUUGAUGCUGUCAUAGCCACAGCUGAAAUUUAAGAAGUUUAGAAAUUAUAUAUUUCGGAAGCCUUUUUAAGUCUUUUGUUAUCAAAGAAUAUUGUCUGACAACUGUAAUUAACCUUUGUUGCAAUAAUUGAGAUUUGUACCGUAGAAAACUAAAAUAUGCUAGUGUGUUUUUUAAUCAAAUGUAUAAAUAUGAAAUAUAUUUAGUAAAAGCUUUUUAAUAGAUACAUUUAGGUUACCUUGUGUAAGAGGUAACAUUGCAAAACCCACAUUUGAGUCUUCUGAAAAGCCUUUUUCAUUUGGAUUUGUAAAAGCUUCUUUACUAUUUAAUUGAGAACAGUCCCCAACUCGCAUGCAGGCAGUUUUUCGUAGUACAAAGUAAAGCCAAAAAUAUUUAUUCAUGGAAUUAAAAGCUUAUAAAGAUGGCCCACCUUUUAGUCAUCUCAUAGUAUAUUUCCAGCACUAAAGAGCGUUAUAUGAAAGUAUUGUAAAUAAAAUAUGUAGGUAUUUGUUUUUCUUAUUUUGAAUGUUAAAACCUGUGGCCAGUUUCAAUCUUAUUUUUUAGUUUCAAGUAAAUUAAGUCUGAGUAAGAUUUCUAUGAAUUUUUCUAGUGGAGUAAAAGUAGUUCGUUUAUUACAUCAUCAUUCAUGCCAGGAAUAAAAAAAAUUGUAUUCCACAGAGAGCAUAAAACAACCAAUCCUUCUGACAGAAUCAACUAACAUUUUCCUUUUAAAUGUAACCGAUCACAGACCCUUACAAACACUAAAACCUCUAUUAUACAGCUUAUUAUCUAAUAAAACUUAACAGAUCUGCUAGUCAUUCGUCCGUAAUUAAAAAAAUAAAAAUUUACGACAGAUAGUGCUUAUUAUCAGUUCAUGGAUUUUAGCGUAAUUAAAAAAGUUACAAAUUAAAAAUAUAAUAUACAUAUAACCUCUUUAUAUAUUAUAAAAAUCGAUGAAAUAUGGACUUUACAUUUUAUAUAAUGUUAUAAAUUAUCAAUAUAACUUCUUAAAUAAAUGCUCAAAGUGUAUAUUAACGGUCUAGAUAUAGUUUUAAAUGAAACAAUCGUUUUGAUGUACAAUGCUCGCUCCCUGAACGGCGUGAGGCAAUAAUUCACCCUCAUUGGAAAGAUAAGGGCGCAAAGGACGGGGCUCGAGGUUUUAAAUCAAAUAUUGCAAUUUUAAAAUCACAUCUGAAUACUUAUUGGAUAUGUCGAUUUUUUUUUCUGGCUUAAUCCCGAUGGGGAUGUGAUAUCGAUAUUAAUCUGCGAUAAAUGUUUAUAGUAACGGAUUUUUAAAAUGGUUCUUUAUUUAAAUAUUUAAUUUUUUAUUUCAAAUUAUAUCGUGCUACGUUAGUUGAGAAUUAAAGGCCAGGAGUGUAGGAGAAUUAGUAUGAGGUAAUGCAACCUCUGUUUACCUAUUUAAUUUUAAAAUUUCUUUUAAAUAGUUUCAUGAAAAUAUAAAAGAAAUCCGUUGACAGUACAAGACGUAAUAUAAAAUUUUAUAAUAAAGAAUCAAUAAAAAAUCCUAGUAUGUUUUUACAUUAUAACAUAAAAAAGCCAUAGAUGGUCGGCCCUUUAUGAACCGGAACAUUUUUAAUGUAUUUUGCAAUAAGUAAACAUAAGAAAUAAUUAUGUAUUGAAGUUAGAGAUUUAAUAUUUUUUUAAUAUGUUUAGUUUUAAGUCACAAUUUCGUAUUGUAAUAAUAUUACAAAUAAGUAAUUCAAUUUUACUGUAACUAUUUGUAAAAGUAAAAUGUUUGUAAGCCGGAUUUAUUAGCGAAAUAAAUGAUUCGUGCGGGAAAUAGAACGCAGCAAAUCCACGGAAUUUCGUAAAUCGAAGAUGAAUUCUUCCUAUAAACCUUUAACAUUUAUAUGUUGUUUUGAACUAAUACCCAACGAAGAUAGAUAAGUAACAAACAUUACGUGAUGUGAUUAUACGUCUUCGGAUACAAUUUGAUUUUAUUUAUUAGGAAAAUAUGUCGUAUUUCCGAAUAUUUCAGUCUAUUUUUAUAAACCAGAUCUGAGUACCUAUUUACAAUUUUUUUUACUUUAUAUGUGUUAGAUAUAAGGAAAUAAGUAUUUAUACACAAUUAUUUUUAUCUAGAUUACAUAGGUUUAUUUACUAUAGCCUAUAUAAUAUAUUUUGUAAUAUGUAGUAAAUAAUCGUUAUUUUUAGAUACUAUUUCUUCGUAUAUUUUUUAUACUUGGUAUAUUUGUACCAGCCUUGUUGAGAUUUAAAUAGCUUAAUCGUUAACGUUGUUAACUACUAACAUUAUGAUUUUUCAACAUCUAAUACCAUACUGCAAACAGCGCAUAACGGUGUCAUGCAAGACUUUGAUAUUCAAAUUUCUUUGUGUUAAUAUUGUUAAGGGCAGGCGUGGCCAUGCCAUCAAACAAGCAACUGCCUCGUUUAUUCAAUAAAAUAAUACUUAUUCUUUCCCCAAAUACGAUUAUACACUUUCUGCGAAAUAGCUGGCGAUGAAUUAUUUUUAUCAUCCUGGAUAGCCACUACCGUACCAAGAUGUGGAACUGCCAUAGAGGCCCACGUAAGUGCGUCGCGUUUGAGAUCAGCUUGUCUAUAUCCGGUUCCAACAGGCCGGCAUAAUUGUGUCGACUGUCGAGGGGUAAUCAUCUCUCGUCAGUCGAUAUUCUAUUGGACGCACUUACAAUUAAGUGCAGAGGUGCCACUUUGCCGAGACCCUUAUAAAAAAACGGCUGUACGGAUUUGGAUAAAAUUUGCCACACGGAUAGAUCAUGUCAGGGAUGAAUACAGUCUACUUUUAUUAAGUAAUUUGCUUCCAAAGGAACUAAUGGAAUUUUUAAUUCAGAUUUUUUAAUAUACGGCGCUGGAAUUGUAUCGUGUUUCAGAUUUUUUUGAAGCGGAAACGCUUUACAUCAGUGCGAAUCCGCAAUACUUGUAUUGAAUAAAAGAAAAUAUUUUUAUAUAAGAGUGUA